AUGUUCAAUCACAUAAAGACCACCAUCGCCCUCGCCGCGAUCUUCGCAAUGGCACCGAGCCUCGCAAAGACGCCUCCAGGCUUCUCCGACAAUGCCGAGAGAUGCAGAGAGAAUCCUGGCGUUGCUUCCAACUGCUGGGAGCAGGCGUGUGAUUCGGUGACUGGCAACAGUGCGAGGAUCAAGCUCAUGGCCCCUGCCGAUAAGGUUGGCCAGUGGUGGGUCGAGUGUACGCUAUCAAACCGGUUCCUGUCGGCUCGUGAGUCAUUACCUGCAUCGAUCGAUCCGUGUUGCCAUCAGAAGCUGAGAGUCGCGAGCUCGGACUCCCAAAUCAGCAAACUCGACAACUACACGGAUUCUGCAAUCUCAAAGACUGGCUUCCACAAAGAGGCCUGA